UAAUUGACUCAGAGAAUUAGAAAGACAUGGGUGCUACAUCAUUGCACUUGUUAAUGUACCCCUGGUUUGCUCUUGGUCACCUUACCUCGUAUCUCCACCUUUCAAACAAACUAGCCCAGAAAGGCCAUAGAAUCUCCUUCCUGAUUCCCACCAAAACACAAUCAAAAUUACAGACUCUCAACCUCUACCCGGAUCUCAUCACCUUUGUCCCCAUAAUUGUUCCCCAUGUAGAUGGUCUCCCUCUUGGUGCUGAGACCACUUCCGAUGUGCCUGUCCAUUUGCAACCACUCAUUAUGACUGCCAUGGAUCGAUCUGAGAGUCAUAUUGAGCUUCUUCUUCGUGAACUUAAACCGGACAUUGUCUUCUUUGAUUUUGCCCAUUGGAUACCAAAAUUGGUCCGCAGCCUAGGUAUCAGGUCAAUUCUCUACGCCAUUGUCUCUCCACUUACAGUAUAUUGUUCCAGUACUGCACAUGUUGACAAUAUGCAGCAGCCUGGGUCUAGUUUUCCAGUAUUGUCUUCAUCAUCCAUCAAACUCCAUGUCCAUGAAGAACGAGCCUUGGCUGCAUUAAAGACUCUGAACUUCGGUAGCGAUGUCCUUUUAGCUGAUCGCCUGUUCGCAAGCGUAAGUCAAUGUGACGCACUAGGAUUCAGGACAUGUAGAGAAAUUGAGGGACCUUAUAUUGACAAUCUUGAAAGCCAUUUUGGGAAGCCUGUAUUUCUUGCAGGACCAGUCAUACCGAAGUCAGCUACUUCUACUAGUUUAGAAGAAAAAUGGAUUGAGUGGCUAGGAAGAUUUGAGGCCGGAUCAGUAAUAUACUGUGCAUUUGGAAGUGAGUGCUUCUUAAACAAAGAUCAAUUCCAGGAAUUGGUGUUGGGGUUGGAACUUUCGGGCUGGCCAUUUCUCGCAGCACUUAAACUGCCACGCGGGGCUGAGUCUAUUGAAGAAGCACUUCCAGAAGGGUUUGAAGAUAGGGUUCAAGGAAGAGGGAUAGUACAUGGUGGAUGGGUUCAACAACUACAGAUUUUAGAGCACCCAUCAAUAGGGUGUUUCAUCACACACUGUGGGUUAGGUUCUUUAUUCGAAGCUUUGAUGAACAAGUGUCAGCUGGUAUUGUUACCCCAUAUAUGUGAUCAGUUUUUCAAUGCAAGGAUGAUGAGCAACAUUUUGAAGGUUGGAGUGGAAGUUGAGAAAGGUGAAGAAGAUGGUUUGUUCACAAAAGAAAGCGUCUGUAAGGCAGUGAAGAUUGUGAUGGAGGUUGACAGUGAGGUAGGGAGGGAGGUCAGAGCCAAUCAUGCCAAACUCCAAGAGCUCUUGAGCAGUGAAGAUUUAGAGUCAUCUUAUAUUGAUGAUUUCUCUCAGAAUCUUAAAGAUUUGGUUGGAUAAGUUAUGAGUUUCUAGCCAAGUAUGGCUAUUCUUGUCGUAAAAGUUUGUUAACUCUAAAAUAACAUGGUUCUUUAUCAAGACGUUGGAUCAUGAAUAACGUGUUGCGUGGUAUUUGGAGGGUUCAUAUAUGUUUUCAAAACUCGA